AUGAAUAAUACAAUGUCAUCAUCAUCAAAUCGUUCAUCAAGUGUUCCAUUAUCUUUCGAUCGUUUUCGCGUGAGAUCAAUUCAAUUUUGUUCACCUCUACGUAGUUAUCAAAAUGAAAAACGUAGUAAACAAAGUCCAGAUCGAUUAUGGAUACGUAAAACUCAAAUUCAUCCUAAUAAUAUUAAUUCAUCAGAAUCCAAACAAAUAGAUCGUGAUGCUGCACAUUUAUUUUAUGCAAAUAAACGAUCAAUUUCUAUGUCAUCAGUAUUAUUAGAAAAGUCACAAAAUAAAAUUUGUUCGAAUAAUUAUUUUAAUACUCGAUCAACGUCUAAUGUUGUUGGAGUUAUUGAUUCUACAAAUUUAUCUCUUAUAAAUUCAUCUUAUUCAACUCAAUUAAAAACUUCUGAACCUAUAUAUCCAUCAACUCCAUGUAUGAUAGAUUAUCAACAUACUUCUAUACCAACUACUAUACCAAUACGUAUUAUAAAACGUCAAAAAUCUUUUGAUAACUUUAGUAAACAAUUCGAUCUUGAUCACAUAGAUCAAUCUAAUGCUUAA